UGGGCUGUACAUUUCUCGUGUGUUCCCCAUCCAUGGGAUGACACACUCAACCACAUGUUCCAGGCUUUUUGGAAUGAUCGUAUUAUCAGCUGGCUGGAAAUGGAGUGGUGUUUGAAGGGUCUGCGGUCUUGCCUUGAUAUUUUAUCUUUUGAACUCGUUAAUGCGCAGCCCAAUAAAAGGCUGUCAGCCAUCGACCCUGAUUUUCACUACUCAACAAGGGAAGCUUCGGCAUCUGCGUCUACUUCUGAAAUGUCGACCAUGGUCACCAGAGGACCGUCAACUCCAGCAACUAUGCUUCUCACAGAAGAGCUUGUCGUUACCUCACAUGCGAGGCAUAUUUCUAAUCCUCGCCCAUCAACCCAACUUCCUCCUUCUACUUCUCUUCUUGCAUCACCCUUACCACUCGUCUCUUCUCCGAGGCCCAACACUGCUGUGUUACAUAUUGGAAUAUCCAGGAAGCGCGUCUCGGAUGAAUUUCGAAUCAACAGCGAUAGCCAGCUCGAAUCGGACACCCCUAGCUCAUCAAAACGUCGGAAAUAAGUCAAGCAUCGUUUUUGCGACGCAGUAUGUUGCACAUGCGACCGUUUUACAGUUUAAUACAGACCUCUAUUGAGAGUUCUCGGGCUUCUUGAGUAGUGACACGUUCCAAAAUCCUAUUCACACUGCCAAGUUGGUCUAUGAGAGCAUAACUACACUUAGUAUGAUGACUGUGUAGUAUCUUUUGCUUUCUGUGUCAAUCUACGGUACUGUCAUAGUUUUACACCAGUGAACGGCAUAUUCCAAAUUUUCUCUUUAAAAGCUCUGCCAUCUGACUACGGUCGAUAACGAUGGACAAGUGAAUCCAAGGCAGCGCCUGAUAUCCAUGGCAUU